AUUUUAUCUGUUUUAAUAUAAUUCAGUGAGCACUAUAUACGUCUCCCAUCUCUUUACAUAUCGAGGAAUUACUCAGGACUUCAUCACCUAUAUCCGACCAGUGGGGGAUUGACGCCACUGAACGCUAAGAAUACUUGAGCAAGUUUUUUUGCUCAUGCCAAGGUUAGUCCUUUACCUACUCACAGACUUACAUCUGGAAAUUUUGUCGACAUCCUACACUAUUGGAGUUCUUUUUUAUCUCUUUUAUGUAUCCACAUAUUGACAAGCGAAUCAAGACAUCUCCAACAUAAGAAGAUUCAGAUAUCCAUUUGGACUUUAUAUUCAUCUAAGAACAAUACAGGUUUAUCUACUAUUUGGGACUUUUUUUUAUCAUAUUUAUUUAUUCCAUUUAUUUUACCUACCUGUCCCUUUAGCGCGACCUAUAUACCCAUUUUUGUCUAUCCUAUUCCAUGUGAGGCUUGUUGAGGGACCUCAUUCCUAUAGGUUGCUGCUUUUACACUUUAUUUUAGUUUCUUUUAGAUUAUUUAGCGCUGAACCAUUAUCCUUUUGUCCUUUUACCGCUCAUCACCUGGAAAAAAACGGCAGAAAAAAUACCUACUGCUCUGUCUCAACAUGGGGAAAUGUACGCAAAGCACAAUACCCACCCGGAGCAUGGUUCCAGAGAUAUAGGGGAUUUCCUGAUCAAAAGAGUACUGAGUGGUGCGCCCAAGAUGGCUGUCUCGGUCACAGAGUCUUCUUUGGAAGACAAAUCUCCCUUAGAUGCUCUAGACAACUUAAAAAAGUGGCUUGCACCACUCAUCCUUGGAAAAAGAGGCCAAAACCUCAGCCACCAAGCAGGUUAUCAAGUGCCUAUUGAAGGAUUUACACUGUCUGUUCCAUGCCGACUUAUCGAUAAUUCAGGAGGACAUCCACUCCCUUACAGACAGGAUCAGGGUGACGGAGGAGCAGGCCGUUGAGAUUAAGACCAAACAGGUCGCAAUGUAGGAGUCCCAUGCAAAGAUAAAGCAGGCUCGCAAGGGAAUAGAAGCAAAAUUGGCAGAUCAGGAGGACAGAAGUCAAUCCAACAACAGCAUCCCAGAGGAGGUGGCUGCGGCCAAGCUACCUGACUACCUACACCGCCUGUUCCCAAACCUACAGCCGCUUAAGAAGUCAACCCAACAAGGUCAAACUCAGAGGCGUCCCAGAGGAAGUGGCUGCGGCCAAGCUACCUGACUACCUACACGGCCUGUUCCCAAACCUACAGCCGCUUAAGAAAUCCAAAGCUAUAAUCCUGGAUGGCUAUGAUCGCUAGACCUCAUUGUACAGUUCGUAUCCUCACUUGAGAGGAUGAUGGUCCUCCCUGCAGUACGUGGCACCUUCACAUGUAAAUUUGAAUCUCAUACCUUUACUUUCUACACUGAUGUGUCCCAAAUUACACUACAUCAGAGACGUUUCCU